CACAUUUUAUCACAUUUUAGAUGCUCUUACCAAACCUACUCCAAUUCCUUUGUCGAGACGAUCCAGUGAGCUCAACCCGAGAAGCUCUUACCUACUUGGAAGUACUUUACUGGAGAGUGAUCCAAUUUCACUCUCAACCGCCUUUCUUGCUACUCCAAUUACAAACUCAACAUUUGGAUUUGGCCUCAACCUUCACGGCUUCACAGUUCUGAAGUUUCCUAUCAAAAUGAAACCCUCCAGAUAUUCCCUUCUCGCGUCUCUCAUCUGGGUCGUUGUUCUUUUGCCUUCAUUUUGCUUCGCUAAAAAUCACAUUGCUCUUAGUUCCAGUUUACGUUCGUCGUUAGCCGAGAAGCUGAUCAGAGAGCUGAACCUGUUCCCUAAUGAGUCUAUCAACAUCGUCGAUCGGAUCUCUCCGUCCGCAGCCUCUCGGAAUCCGAGGAUUGUUGAGAAGCGGUUCACUUUUCCCAACCUUGCAGACUCUAGCGUUUCAAUUGAGGAUUUAGGUCAUCAUGCCGGCUACUAUAAGAUCGAGAACUCAUAUGCCGCUAACAUGUUCUACUUUUUCUUUGAAUCACGUCAAAGCAAGAAUGACCCUGUUGUUAUCUGGUUAACUGGAGGGCCAGGAUGCAGCAGUGAGUUGGCACUUUUCUAUGAGAAUGGGCCUUUCAAAAUUGCAAAUAACUUGUCACUUAUAUGGAAUGAUUAUGGCUGGGAUAAGGUCUCAAACCUUUUGUAUGUAGAUCAACCUACUGGAACUGGCUUCAGUUACAGCUCUGACAGUCGCGAUAUCCGCCACAGUGAAGAUGGUGUUAGCAAUGACUUAUAUGACUUUUUGCAGGCUUUCUUUACCGAGCAUCCUGAGUAUGCCAAGAAUGACUUCUACAUCACUGGAGAAUCAUAUGCUGGGCAUUACAUACCUGCUUUUGCUGCAAGAGUCCACAAAGGAAACCAAGCCAAUGAAGGAGUUCACAUAAAUCUUAAGGGAUUUGCCAUAGGUAAUGGGCUUACUGAUCCAGCAAUCCAGUACAAUGCUUAUCCUGAUUAUGCAUUGGACAUGGGCAUAAUUACUGAGUCUUAUCAUAAAACCUUGGUCAAGGUGCUUCCACUCUGUGAGGCCGCGAUAAAGCUAUGUGGAACUCAGGGUACAGCCUCUUGUGUAGCUGCCUACUAUGUUUGCAAUGCUGUUUUUGAUGCAAUCCUUGUAAAAGCUGGUGAUAUCAAUUACUACGACAUCAGGAAGAAGUGUGAGGGAAGUCUCUGUUAUGACUUCUCAAACAUGGAGAAACUGCUGACCCAGAAGUCCGUUAAGGAAGCUCUUGGGGUUGGCGAUAUAGAGUUUGUAUCUUGUAGCACUUCAGUGUACAAGGCCAUGCUUGUUGACUGGAUGAGAGAUCUUGAAGUGGGCAUCCCUACAUUGCUAGAGGAUGGGAUACAUAUGCUCGUGUAUGCAGGAGAGUAUGACCUCAUUUGCAACUGGCUUGGUAAUUCAAGAUGGGUCAAUGCUAUGGAAUGGGCGGGGCAGAAGGAGUUUGUAGCGUCCUCAGAAGUACCAUUUGAGGUUGAUGGCUCAGAAGCAGGGAUACUAAAACGCCAUGGGCCUCUCAGUUUCCUCAAGGUGCAUGACGCUGGACACAUGGUUCCAAUGGAUCAGCCGAAAGCUGCAUUGGAGAUGCUGAAGAGGUGGAUGGCUGGCACUCUCUCUGAGAGUAUUGUGACCAAUCGUGAAAGCUUAGUCUCCUCAAUCUGAGCUACUUUCUUCAAGUGUUGUACUGUUUUACAUCUGCAAAUAUGUAACCCCCCAUCCCCAUCUUUGUUUCACCACUGAACUCCUAAAACUGAGACACGGCUGUAUGAACUUUUCUAUUCAAGCUGUUGUCGAUGCAAAUAGUGUAGUAACCAGGUCUGCAUGGCUGCUGUUUUCAUGUAAGCUCUUGUGUUCCCUGACUCUUCCGUGUGCAUUUUGGUUCGGUUCAGGGCCAAAUGGUGUAGGGGGCCGAAGUAGAAACAAUUGAACCAGUGUUGAACUGGGUAGGAUUCUGUAUCGGAAUUUGGGCACAGACGCACAGUACUCGGUUUCAAAGCUAUGUGAAUCAUCUUUUAGUUUUUGUUUUUUGUUUUUUUUUAAAGGUGGAUUCAUAUCCCGCUAUUUGUGAAUUGUGACUAUUGUGUGGUUAAAUUAUUGCCCUAGUCCCUAUAGAACUAGAGAGAAAGACAGCAAGUUGUGCCACUGAGUAUGCUAGAACAUCUAGCCAUUUACCUAUUCUGCUAUUCAUAUUUCUAGGAAUU